AUGGGAACAUCCAAGUCCAAGAGUUGCUUCGGAUACCCCUUGAGCAUCUUCUUCAUUGUGGUCAAUGAGUUUUGUGAAAGGUUCUCCUACUAUGGCAUGAGAGCACUCCUGAUUCUGUACUUCAGAAACUUCAUCGGCUGGAACGACAACCUGUCCACGGUCAUCUACCACACCUUUGUCGCCCUCUGCUACCUGACUCCAAUCCUUGGAGCCAUUAUUGCUGACUCAUGGCUCGGCAAAUUCAAGACAAUUGUGUGGCUGUCUGUUGUCUACACCAUUGGACAAGUAAUCACCUCUAUCAGCUCCAUCAAUGAACUCACAGACAACAACCACGACGGGACCCCUGACAACAUUGCUGCGCAUGUGGCGGUGUGCUUGAUCGGCCUGCUCCUGAUAGCAUUCGGCACGGGCGGCAUCAAGCCCUGUGUGUCAGCCUUCGGUGGCGAUCAGUUUGAGGAGAACCAGGAGAAGCAAAGAAACCGGUUUUUUUCCAUCUUUUACUUGGCCAUUAAUGCUGGAAGUUUGCUGUCCACCAUCAUCACCCCCAUGGUCCGAGUUCAACAGUGUGGGAUUCAUGUUCGACAGGCUUGCUACCCACUGGCUUUUGGGAUUCCUGCUAUCCUCAUGGCUGUCUCCCUGAUCGUAUUUGUCAUUGGCAGCAGGAUGUACAAGAAGGUGAAGCCACAAGGUAACAUCAUCAGUAAGGUGGCCAAGUGCAUUGGCUUUGCCAUCAAAAACAGGUUUCGGCACCGCAGUAAGCAGUAUCCAAAGAGGGAGCACUGGCUGGACUGGGCCAAGGAGAAAUACGAUGAGCGCCUUAUCACGCAGGUGAAGAUGGUGACGAAGGUUCUGUUCCUGUUCAUCCCGCUGCCCAUGUUCUGGGCCUUGUUCGAUCAGCAGGGUUCCAGAUGGACACUGCAAGCAACGACCAUGAACGGGAAAAUUGGAGCCCUUGAGAUCCAGCCAGAUCAGAUGCAGACGGUGAACACCAUCCUGAUUAUUAUCCUGGUCCCCAUCGUGGAUACUUUGGUGUACCCUCUGAUUGCAAAAUGCGGUUUGAAAUUCACCUCCCUGAAGAAGAUGACAGUGGGCAUGUUCCUGGCUUCCAUGGCCUUUGUGGCAGCUACCAUCGUGCAGGUGGAAAUUGAUAAAACUCUGCCAGUGUUCCCCAAAGCCAAUGAAGUCCAAAUUAAGGUUUUGAAUAUAGGAACUGGAGACAUGACAGUAUCUUUUCCUGGAGAAACGGUGUCACUCGGCCAGAUGUCUCAAACAAGAGAGUUUAUGACUUUCGAUGCAAACACGCUGACAAGCAUAAACAUUUCUUAUGGAUCACAAGACAGCACAGUAAAACAUGACUUCGAGCCAGGCCAGCGCCACACUCUCCUGGUGUGGGCCCCCAAUAACUCUAUAGUGGUCAAUGAUGGCCUCAUCCAGAAGCCAGACAGAGGAGAAAAUGGAAUCAGGUUUGUAAACGGUUACAAUGACACCAUCAGUGUCACCAUGAGUGGGAGCGUUUAUGAAAACAUCAACAGCCACAAUGCCAGCGAGUAUUACUUUUUUACCUCGGGCCGAAAAACCUUCACCAUAUACUCUCCGGGCAUCAACGAGCAAUGCAACCGUGACUUUGAAUCACCUUCCCUGGGGUACGGCAGUGCCUAUACCUACCUCAUCACCGAGCAGGCAGACGGCUGUCCCCACGUGACGCACUUUGAGGACAUCGCCCCCAACACGGUCAACAUAGCCUGGCAGAUCCCCCAGUACUUCCUCAUCACCGCCGGCGAGGUGGUCUUUUCCAUCACGGGGCUGGAGUUCUCCUACUCGCAGGCUCCUUCCAACAUGAAGUCGGUGCUGCAGGCUGGCUGGCAGUUCACUGUGGCCGUUGGCAACAUCAUUGUGCUUAUCGUGGCAGGGGCAGGCCAGAUCAACGAACAGUGGGCCGAGUACGUGCUCUUCGCUGCCUUGCUGCUGGUGGUCUGUGUCAUAUUCGCCAUCAUGGCUCGCUUCUAUACGUACGUCAAUCCUGCCGAGGUGGAGGCGCAGUUUGAUAAGGAUGAAAAGAAAAAGCAUCUAGAAAACAACGAGCUCCAUUCCACGCUGGAGUCCGUCUCCCAGACACCAUUCUGA